CCUAGCUAGCAAGCUCACAUGGCAAACACAAUCUCUUUUAUCUAUCUUUUCCUUGUUUUCUACAUGAUAAUUUCCUUUCCACCACCUUCAAAUGCAAUCUCUUCUUGCAACGGUCCAUGCAGUACUGAAAAUGACUGUUCCGGCCAACUCAUUUGCAUCAAUGGCAAAUGCAACGAUGACCCAGAAGUUGGAACCCACAUUUGCACAGGAGGCAGCUCUGUGCCCCCUUCAGACGGUGAUUGCAAGCCAUACGGCACCUUGACAUGCGGUGGACAAUCCUACCCUCAGUAUUCGUGCUCUCCACCAGUCACUUCCUCAACAAAAGCUAGCCUAACUCUGAAUAACUUUAGUGAAGGCGGCGAUGGUGGAGCUCCAUCUGAGUGUGACGAAAACUACCAUGACAAGACGGAGCGUGUGGUGGCGCUUUCGACGGGGUGGUAUGCCGGACGAUCAAGAUGCGGGAAGAUGGUAAGAAUUACAGCUGAAAAUGGAAGGAGUGUAUUAGCAAAGGUAGUUGACGAAUGUGACUCAAGAAAUGGGUGCGACAAUGACCAUGCAUGGCAGCCACCUUGUAAGAAUAAUAUUGUAGAUGGAUCUGAUGCGGUUUGGGAAGAUUUAGGGCUGAAUAAAGAUUUGGGUGUUGUGGACGUUACUUGGUCAAUGGCCUAGUUAAUGACUCAGUCGCUUUGAACGAUGAACAAUAUGUAUGAUGAACCCAACUUGAAAUUACGUUCUUGUUAGAUUGUCAUAUAGUUCCACGACAAUCACGUUAAGGCUGUCUUUGCAUCUAGAAAUUUUAUAGGGUCCGAUUCAAAUGAAUGAUAAAUGAAAAUAAAAUACUUAAAAAUA